AUGGCCAGCAUCAAGUCCCAGUCGACGACUCAGAGUACCCAGCUCAAGAAACGGCCUCUGAGUAGCUACAUCUGGGAUACUUGGGAUAAAUCUCCCGAGGAGAGACGGUUCCUCACGAAGUUGGACGCUUGCCUGCUUUCGUACGCGGCUCUGUCGUACUUCAGCAAAUAA